UAAGCAGUGUUUUUAUUUCCUCACUUCACAUUCGACUGGACAUUGUGCUGGUUGUGAUCGGUCAGCUGCAGACCUGAUUUCCUGAUUUUGCUGGGUUUUUUCGUUGAACCGCAGACUAAACAUGGCAACAUAUGUGGGCAAUACUGCUUCUGAAUCUAAGGUGGAGUUCAAGGCAGAACACGAUUCACUUGAAAAAGCUAAGAUCUCAUUGAAGCGGAAACGUGUGGAUUUAGAAGACCUGAAAAAUGAAGAUCCAGUGAUAGUGAAGAAGGAGGAGAUAAAGGCAGAAUACAAUUCCCAUGAAAUGGCAGAGAUCUCAGAGAAGAAAAAGGACAUAAAGGUGGAGUUCAAGGCAGAUUUAAAUUUACGUGACAUGACGGAGAUCUCAGUGGACGGGAAGCACCUGAGUUUAGAAGAGCUGAGAAAACACAUAGACGAAGAUCCUACGAUAUGGACGAAAAUAUGUAAUUUGGGCCGGAGGGACACUGACAACAUUAAGGCAAAAUCUAGAGACAAACCAAAGAUACUGGAUUACUUAGAUAAAACUGUGCCUGAAUAUCCAACUCCUGUUGAAUUUCAUGUUUCAAGUGUAGCCCAUGUCACUACCAAAGAACCAUUCAAAGCAAUACUGGAGUCAGAGAAGAUUAAACCCCCUAACACUAGGCCCCCUAACACUGAGUUUUCAUGGUGGACAUUAGCAAUUAAUGAAGAGGAGAUCAAGUCUGCAGAGAAACUCUACUUGGAGAAUAAGAAAAUCGAAAUGACAGAGACAUUCCUGAAGAAGUUUACCACCUCACCAGCUUUCCAGCAUGAUAUAUCCCGCUAUGGUAAUUACAGAUUUACAUUUCCCCUGGCUGAGCUGAUGGAACUGUACAAGGAGCAGAACUGUGGAGGAAAGGAGCCAGUUCUCAGGGUCUUCAAGACCAUGUUCUACAAGCAGGAAAUUGUGUACGCUGUGCUGAUUCACAGUCCUCAAGACAGCAAGCGUUUUGGAGACCUCCCACUUCUUGAAGACGGUAAGUUUGCUCGUUAUGAGGAUGGGCAAAUUAUCUGGCAUGCACAAGCCAUUUCUGGUGGCCACCAGUUUGAACUUUCAGUAGACACUGAUGAAGCACGAUUAACUGUGAAACAUCAAACCUCCUCCGAGUAUUACGUGUGGGACAAUGUGUGUCUGGCUUUUCAUUUGCCUUCUCAUAAGGCCCUGAAAGUCCCUAGAAAAAGGCUUAUAGAAGCUCUUGAUGUCUGUGAACUUCAUGAGAAGAAUCUCCAUAGGUGCGAAAAUCUUACAAUGCGAGGAACAAUGUUCGCAGAUGCAAAGAAGUUGGUGGACAGUUGCAAAAAGGAGCUAGAAGACAACAAAGAUAAUGUGAAUGCCUUGAAAUAUGAAUCAGAAGAGGAUUAAGGAAAAUCUGCCAAAAUUAUGAUUCCAGAAUGAGUUUAAGAUGCAAAAACAAGGAGACAAGAGUUGGGUCAAAAUCCAACUUGUGUACAAUACAUUGUAUCAUUCAAAAUAACUGUAUCUGCUUAGUUAUCUGUAGGUGAUUAUUAUGGAAGUGCCCACAUUGUUAUUAUUCAUCUACACUCCUUAUCUACUUUAUCAGAGUCCCCUGUCUAUUGGUGGGACAAAGUCAAUGCCCAAGUCAAGAUAGGCAAGUCCUUACUCAAUUCUCAACUCUACAGUGUCCCUAGUCAACUUCCAAGUUGACAGGCAGGUCCUUAGUCAGUUCCCAACCCAAGACAAUUAAGUUUCAAGUCAAUUCCCAAUUCAACACAGGCAUGUCCUGAGUCAAUGCUCAACUCAUGAAAGGCAAGUCCUGAGUCAAUGACCAACUCAUGAAAGGCAUGUCCCUAGGCAGUUCCAAAAUCAAAACAGGCAAGUCCCGAGGCAAUUCCAAAAUCAAGACAGACAAGUCCUGAGGCAAUUCCAAAAUCAAGACAGGCAAGUCCUGAGUCAAUUCCAAAAUCAGGACAAGCAAGUCCCGAGUCAAUUCCAAAAUUAAGACAGACAAGUCCCAAGGCAAUUCCAAAAUCAAGACAGGCAAGUCCCGAGUCAGUUCCCAAGUUAAGAUAAUUAAGUCCCAAGUCAAGUCUCAAGACAUUUCCCAAUUGAAGACAGGCAUGUCCAGAGUCAAUUCUAAAAUCAAGACAAGCAUGUCCUGAGGCAAUUCCAAAAUUAAGACAGACAAGUCCAGAGGCAAUUCCAAAAUCAAGACAGGCAAGUCCCGAGUCAAUUCCCAAGUUAAGACAAUCAAGCCCCAAUUCAAGUCUAAAGUCAAUUCCCAACUCAAGACAGGCAAGUCCUGAGGCAGUUCCAAAAUCAAGAUAGGCAAGUCCCGAGUCUAUUCCCAAUCAAGACAGUUUAGUAUUGAGUCUAAUCCAACCUUAAGACAGGCCAACUGUAUCAAUUACCAAGUCAAGACAGACACAUCUAACAUUUACCAUCCACCUUAUUAGAAAGCCUCAUUAAGAGGUGGGACCAAGGGUGCAAUUUUUAGGUUGUAAUUUUUUACAGUGUGAUAGAUGAACAACAACCACAAUGCCCUCGAACAGCUAACAGUGACAAACACAAAUGGGCAAGUUCCAUAUUAUUGCUUACAAUACAACGACAACACAAACGAAAGUUGUUACAGCUUGGUGAGAUGACAGUUUUCUGACUUGAUGAGUUGAUGAGGACAUCCUGAACACCUCAUUAGCAUAAAAUAUGCAUCAGACAGUCCCAUGAGUCUGAGGCUGAGAGUACCUGCUUUGGUCUUGCAGAAGGUUGCAGGUCUUUUCCAGUCAAAAGGCCCAUUUCUAGUUAAAAGUCCCAGUCAGUAGUUUUGUAAAGCAGAAUUAAUUAAUUAAUUAAUCUUUUUGUGAAUUAUGUUGUCGUGUCUGAAGCGUCACAGUUGUGUUUCUAGUAGUGGAUGAUGAGUGUAGAUGUACAAAUUCACACCAUUCACUCGUAGGGCUUAGAAUUACCCAAAACACAACGUCCAUGUUUACUCAUAGUCUAUUUUCUGUUAUUAACUUUGGAUUUUUUUUUUCUGUUCAUGCUGAAAGAAUGAAUGUAUUUUUUUUAAUUGAUGAAUCGAUGGAAUUACAAUGUUUCUCACAUAUACGUGUUCUUGGGAGGCUCCCCAAGUAUACUGACGGGCACUCCAGUAUAUUUAAUGCAAUAGAUUUUAACAAUUUACAAAAUAUUUUAGAUUGUAUGUAUUUUUAUAUAUUUCAAUGUAGUUCAUAUUUUUUUUCCAAAACAUACAUUGCAUAUUUAAAUACCCAGUCAAGAAAAAAGAAUUUGUAUAUAUUUUAAUAUCACAUCCCCUGACACUACAUCUUUUUUAAGGCUUUUAUGGUAAAUAGUAUUGUAAUACUUUCUAUUUUUAAUUUUUGAUGUAUAAUAUUGUAAUUUUAUUGUUAUUAUUGAAAUAUAGCUUCUGAGCAAUGGUGUCUACAGGUAAAGACGUCCGGUCAGUCAGUGGUGCGUUUAUGCUGAGGUUUUGAGAAGAAAAGCCAUUCAGUUUGAGUGAAGCUGCUUUCUGGAUAGAUGCAUUGUUCAUUUUAAUAGUGAACGCAGCCGUAUUUUGAGCUGGAAUGAAAUCCUAAAUGCAGCGUUUCGAAGAUUGAACAAGCCCAUUCUCAGCAUUUCAGAUCUUCAACCUUGGAGACCUUAGAACUGAGGUUAAGGUAUGGAUGAUAUUAGUAUAUGUGUCCAUAUAUAUGUGCAUGUACUUGAUAGGUUUACAGGGGUUUGCACACUGAGCUCACCGAGGCCUUUAUUUGUCUUUACAACCUUUAAAUCUGUACUGUAUGGAGUGUUUACCGGAUUAAUGUUUGGACAAUAAAACUGCUUAAAAGACAAAACUGGUUCU